GGUGACUGGCAGAAAGAAGCGGAAAUGCAAAGCUGCUGUGUAAUUGUACAGCGGAGCCGCUGAAAGAUAUCUUUCGUGCGAUAGAAACUAGUUAACCGUUGUAAAAAUGCCGGAUUAUUUAGGAGAUGACCAGAGGAAGAUUAAAGAGGAAGAAAAGGACGACGGUCCCAUUAGAGCUCUGGAUGAAGGAGACAUCGCACUGUUAAAGACAUAUGGUCAGAGCACCUACUCCAGACAGAUCAAACAAGUAGAGGAUGACAUCCAACAGCUGCUCAAAAAGAUCAAUGAGCUCACAGGAAUCAAGGAGUCAGACACUGGUUUGGCCCCACCAGCUCUCUGGGACCUGGCUGCUGAUAAACAGACUCUGCAGAGUGAACAACCACUACAGGUGGCAAGAUGCACAAAGAUCAUCAACGCAGACUCAGAGGACCCCAAAUACAUCAUCAAUGUGAAGCAGUUUGCCAAGUUUGUGGUGGACCUGAGUGACCAGGUGGCUCCUACGGACAUUGAGGAAGGCAUGAGGGUCGGGGUUGACAGAAACAAGUAUCAGAUUCAUAUCCCUCUGCCCCCCAAGAUCGACCCCACUGUCACUAUGAUGCAGGUGGAGGAGAAACCUGACGUGACCUACAGUGACGUGGGUGGAUGUAAAGAGCAGAUUGAGAAGCUGAGGGAGGUGGUGGAGACCCCCCUACUGCAUCCUGAGAGGUUUGUCAACCUGGGCAUCGAACCCCCGAAGGGUGUGCUGCUCUUUGGGCCUCCCGGCACAGGGAAGACCCUGUGUGCCCGCGCCGUGGCCAACAGAACCGACGCCUGCUUCAUCAGGGUCAUCGGGUCAGAGUUGGUGCAGAAGUACGUGGGAGAGGGAGCCAGGAUGGUGCGUGAACUCUUCGAGAUGGCUCGCACUAAGAAAGCCUGUCUGAUCUUCUUUGAUGAAAUCGAUGCCAUUGGAGGUGCACGUUUUGACGACGGCGCAGGAGGAGACAAUGAAGUCCAGAGGACGAUGCUGGAGCUCAUCAACCAACUGGACGGCUUCGACCCCCGCGGCAACAUCAAGGUCCUGAUGGCCACCAACAGACCUGACACACUGGACCCUGCCUUGAUGAGACCGGGGCGUCUGGACAGGAAGAUUGAAUUCAGCCUUCCUGACCUGGAGGGUCGCACACACAUCUUCAAGAUCCACGCCCGGUCCAUGAGUGUGGAGCGAGACAUUCGCUUUGAGCUGCUGGCCCGACUCUGUCCCAACAGCACUGGGGCGGAGAUUCGCAGCGUGUGCACAGAAGCGGGCAUGUUCGCCAUCAGAGCUCGCAGGAAGAUCGCCACCGAGAAGGACUUCCUGGAAGCGGUCAACAAGGUCAUCAAGUCCUACGCCAAGUUCAGCGCCACCCCAAGAUACAUGACCUACAACUGAGAGCAAGUGUGUGUGAGAGAGAGAGUGUGUUGUCGUUUCUGUUGUUUAUCCUGGAACAAAGCAAAAAUGGCCUUUGUUUUUGUCGAAUGUUCAUUUAAAAUAAAAUUUAUUCCAAAUGA